AUGGGACUCGCGCGUGAUCGGCAGACUGUUAUUCUGGCCGGGGCCGGCUGCGAGGCCGGGGCGCGGCGUUGGCGGCGGGGUGCCGGUGUUGUGUUGGUGUGUGUGGGCGGGGGGGAGGAACGGUCAGGGAGGGACGGCGCGGCCGGCAUGGAGCAGGGUGGCGGAGGCGGUGCGGUGCGGAGCGGAGCGUGCGGCGCGGCGGGUCACGGCGCGACGCUAGAAUGUUUGACGGAUGAACAAGUAGUCGGGGCAAGCAUAAGUUACACAAGGACGAAGCAGGACUUUGUGAAGAAACGCAUCCGCGACGUACUCAAGGAUUCAUGGGCAAAAAAUCGACUCUCUCUUCGACUAAAGAACUGACUCAAAUCAAAUUUACAAUUAGAAAU